UAAUUUCGCUAAUUAUAUUUUAUUUUUCUCUCUUUUUUUUUAUCUGUUUGGUUCGAGAGAAAAAUAAAGGGGAGAGAGAGCGAGGAAUGAUCGAGAGGUCGAAACCGCACCGAUCUCCGAAACGAUUCGUCUCGCUCCUCGCGUUGCAAUACCGAAGAACCGUAACCCUAGCAGCGCUCGGCGGCGGAUCGGUCGCGCGGUGUUGAGUUUUCUGGAAACUUCAUCCGAAUCGAUCUGCGGCGAAUCGGAAACAUCGGCGAGGUUGUGUUUGAAUCGGAGGGCGUAGAGGAAAACGAUGCCGUCUCACGCGGAUCUGGACCGUCAGAUCGAGCAUCUGAUGGAGUGCAAGCCGUUGCCGGAGGCCGAGGUGAAGACGCUCUGCGAGCAGGCGAGGGCGAUUCUGGUGGAGGAGUGGAACGUACAGCCGGUGAAGUGUCCGGUGACGGUGUGCGGUGAUAUUCACGGUCAGUUCUACGAUCUCAUUGAGCUCUUUCGGAUAGGAGGAAAUGCGCCUGACACCAAUUACCUUUUCAUGGGAGAUUAUGUAGAUCGCGGGUACUAUUCGGUGGAGACUGUCACACUUCUGGUGGCACUAAAAGUCCGUUACAGAGAUAGAAUUACAAUUCUCAGAGGAAACCAUGAAAGUCGGCAAAUUACCCAAGUGUAUGGUUUUUAUGAUGAAUGCUUGCGAAAAUAUGGGAAUGCCAAUGUGUGGAAGUAUUUUACUGAUCUAUUUGAUUAUCUACCCCUUACAGCUCUUAUUGAGAGUCAGAUCUUCUGCUUGCAUGGAGGGCUUUCACCAUCGUUGGAUACAUUGGAUAAUAUACGAGCUUUGGACCGCAUACAAGAGGUUCCUCAUGAAGGGCCAAUGUGUGAUCUUUUGUGGUCUGAUCCAGAUGACCGCUGUGGGUGGGGAAUAUCUCCGCGUGGUGCUGGUUAUACAUUUGGACAGGACAUAGCUGCUCAGUUUAAUCAUACCAACGGACUUACUCUGAUCUCAAGAGCUCACCAGCUUGUGAUGGAAGGAUACAAUUGGUGUCAGGAGAAGAACGUCGUGACGGUAUUUAGUGCUCCAAACUAUUGUUACCGGUGUGGGAAUAUGGCUGCAAUACUCGAGAUUGGGGAGAAUAUGGACCAAAACUUCCUUCAAUUUGAUCCAGCACCUCGGCAAAUUGAACCCGACAACACGCGCAAGACCCCCGACUAUUUUUUGUAAUUUCUACAUAUCUUCCAGCUGUUUGUAAUCCUUGUAUUUCCUGCCUUAUUACUGUAGAUGUGUCUUUAAACGAGGAGUUCCGAUGUUUAAGUUGAGGGGUUUACCAUACACCAUCAACACCAUUCUUUGUUUGGAGUUUUUUCCUUUUUGUUUCUUCUCUUUCCUUUUUGUCCCCAUCUCUGCUUUGUUGAUUUGCUUAAAGAAACUCUUUAGGAGAACUUACAGUAGCCACCAAUGGCCUGUUUUGUAUAUUUUCGUAGAGGAAGCGGCAAUAACAUGGUGUAUCUUGCUCUGUAAUUUCGUGAUUUUGAUGUAGAAAAA